AUGUCGGCAAACUAUUGGGCAUCGUCACAAAGAAACAAAUGGCAGGUGACAAGGAAAAUUAUACAUGAUGCACGAAUGUCGAUAGAAGCAAUUGAGAAAAAGGAAUUUGGUGUGAACAUAGCUUUACAAGAGUGCAAGUACGACCUGAAUAUGAGAAUAUAUCUUCACCAGAUGAUAAUCAAAUUAGGGCGAAGGCUCAAUUUAAGGCAAUUAAUCAUGUCUUCUGCAGAGAUAUACAUGACAAGGUUUCUGUUGAAGGCAUCGAUUAAAGAAGUGAAUAUUUACCUUCUUGUCGCCACUUGUAUUUACGUUGCGUGCAAAAUAGAAGAGUGCCCACAGCAUAUAAGAACAAUAUUGUCAGAAGCAAGACGAUGUUGGCCGGAAUUUAUUCCAAACGACUUGACAAAGCUUGCCGAGCUUGAAUUUUAUCUCAUUGACGAGUUGGAUUGCUAUCUCAUAGUGUAUCAUCCUUACAAUUCUCUUACGCAGAUAGUGAACAUCCUACAGGAAACGCAUAAUACUUCGUUAAGGGUUGAAAUUACGCCAGAUGAGCUUCAAGCUGCUUGGUCCAUUGUCAACGAUAGCUACAUCUUAGAUCUCCAUAUGAUGUUUCCUCCUCAUAUAAUAGCAGUUGCUGCAUUGUACCUAACACUUCUUCUUGGUGUGGAUUUGAAUACUGUCGAGGGAAAUACCCAUCAAGCAAAUUCAGUACCGAACAGUUCACACUCUGAACUUAUAAAGGGCAAAAAUGACACUGCUCGCUCUCCGUCAGCUUUUAAUUCUCCAAAUAGCAAAAUGUCCCCAGUUGCUCACAUGACGCCACGUAUCUCUAACAACAUAAAAAUGCACACUGCAAAACGCGAUACACAAGCAGUUUCAGAGCUCGGCAAUCACAAAAGUCCCUCAGGUGCCCAAAAUUACAGUUAUCCCAAAAGAAUAGAGGCGUUGAUAAACUUUUUGGCUUCAUCGAACAUAAACUUGCAAGAAGUCAUACAGAGCGUUCAGGAACUCCUUUCAUUAUAUCAAUCGUGGGAAUUUUACGAUGAGAUCGCUGAAAGAAAUACAGUCCACAAUGCACUCAUCGUGCUUAAUAAGAAUUAUAGUGGUUGA